AUGCUGUAUUUCUGUGAUGUGCAACGUGUUUCACCCAGAAUUCAUCCUGACCCAGGACCUGAAUUUCGGUGGACGUACCGGUCCGCAUCCCCACCUAUCCUUUAUGAUCGACAUGGCGAAAGGAUUCUGGGUGAACUAGAUGACGACAGCGAGGAGGAAGCCGAUAAUGGCCUCAGUCGCUGUUUCAACUGUGGAUCAACCAAGCACCUCGUAACCCAUUGUCCCGACCCCUACAACCCACAUCUCGUGUCACUUUCUCGUCAACUCUUCAGUUUCUUCCGCUCUGAACGCACUAUGGAACCCAAAACCCUCUCAGAAGCUUUCGAGUCGAAACAUCAGCGUCUCCUCUUCCUUGACACUUUUACUCCAGGAGAGAUCCGUGGCCCUAUCCUACGCGAGGCUCUCAAUCUGCGAGUUGAUGAUAUUGGAGAAAGUAUGCCAUGGCUUAAAUGGAUAGCUGAAUGGGGAUAUCCGAGAGGUUGGGCUACAAAAUCGGAUCCUAGGGACACGGUGAGGAGGAGGAUCGAGAAUCAAUUCGUUGGAGACUUGACAAUCGAGGAGGGACAAGGGUCGUUCACGAUAUAUGGAGAAGAUGUGGUGGAGGAGCUGGACCUUAGUCGUCCCUCCGAGCUGACCUUCUCUCAAGCUCUGCAAGGGAAUGAUCUUACCCUCAAAAAUAUGUAUCCAAACGACCCGAGCUUUGACUUGUCGGACUCCGAGGAAGAGACCCUAAACCCGUCUUGUGAAGACAGUGCAUUGCAUAACUUACGUCCAUCUUCCACCCCGCCGCGCCGCUGGGCAAUAUACCCAUCGACAUAUUUCUCCAACGAUCUUCUACCGAUUUAUAGCGGACAUCGCCUACCGUCUUUACGUUCCCGUCCAACAUCAUCCACGUACUCCGACGACCGCCAAAGUCUUUGGAGCAGCAUCACUUCUCAGCUUGGGCCUGGCUCUAGCUCCACACAGUGGGCCAAUGUUCAAGCAAGCAGCGUCGGAACUGGUACACAUCCAUGGAGAUUGCCUGGGAUUUUUCACAUUUCAGAGGAUGACAGUGGGGUUUUUGCAGUCAGAUCACGCAGGUGGCCCCUUCAUGAGCUCAGUCCGCUCCCGCCGCCUGGUCCACCUCCUUCACCACCGCCGCCUCCACCGCUUCCAUCACCAUCGCUAUCACAACAAAUAUCAAAGCGAUCACUGUCCCCUGAACCGCAAAAUAACCUUUGGGAUGAAAACGAUAGUGACAUGGACAUGUCAGACUUAGACUAG